AUAGGGGGCGUUUUAGCCUACACACUUGUUCCAUGUAUGGAUAUUGAACUUUCUAGAACUUCUACUAAUUUAGCUUAGUUCUAUCAGAAGGAAGUCACGACUACUUAAAUUUACUUGUUCUAUAUUUGUGUAAGCUGUUAGAAAAAUUUAACAUGUCUGUUAUUGGAAUAGAUUUUGGAAAUGAGAACUGUUUUAUAGCAGUUGCUCGAGCAGGAGGGAUUGAAACAAUAGCUAACGAAUACAGUCAGCGUGUCACGCCAUCCUAUGUGGCGUUUGGUGAAAAAAACCGUGACCUAGGUGUUUCAGCUAAAAAUAAGCAAGUAACCAACCUGAAAAACACUGUUUUUGGUUUCAAAAGACUUGUUGGUAGGAAGUUGGGGGAUCCGGCAGUUCAGAGGGAAGUGACCUACCUACCUUAUGAGUUGUGUGAACUGGACAAUAACAAUGUUGGUGUCAAGGUGUGGUACCUUCAAGAGGAGACAUCAUUCAGUGUAUCACAGGUUACAGCAAUGCUUUUCACAAAGCUCAAGGAAAUUGCUGAAGCAUCUUUAAAAAUUAAAGUCAAUGACUGUGUUAUUGGAGUUCCUGUAUAUUUCACUGAUGUUGAAAGGAGAGCUAUGUUGGAUGCUGCUCAAAUUGCUGGAUUGAAUGUCUUAAGAUUGAUGAAUGAAACAACUGCAGUUGCCUUGAAUUAUGGCUUCUACAAGACAGACUUAGAAGAUGAUAAGCCUAAAAAUGUAGUGUUUGUGGAUGUGGGCCAUUCAGCUAUCCAAGUAUCAGCCUGUGCUUUUACUAAAGGUAAACUUAAGAUGCUAGCUGCUACGUGGGACACAAACGUAGGAGGGAGAGACUUUGACAACAUACUGGUUCGUCAGUUUGCCGAAGAAUUUCGCACCAAGUACAAGGUUAACGUCAUGUCCAGUAGGAAGGCCAUUGUGAGGCUGCUGAACGAGAGUGAGAAGCUCAAGAAGCAGAUGAGUGCUAAUCCACACGAGCUACCACUAAACAUUGAAUGUUUUAUGGAAGACAAGGAUGUUGCAGCAAAGAUGAAACGAGAGGCAUUUGAAGAGCUGGCUGCAGAUCUUCUAGCAAGGAUAGAGGCUACUAUGAGAGAAGUCUUACAGGCAGCAAAACUCAAACCCAGUGAUCUGAAUGAUGUUGGAAUUGUUGGAGGGUCCACCCGUAUUCCUGCAAUUAAACGUUUGAUACAGAAGGUUUUUGGUCGAGAGCCUAGCACUACACUCAAUCAAGACGAAGCUGUUGCUCGAGGUUGUGCUUUACAGUGUGCUAUGUUGUCACCAACAUUUAAAGUUCGAGAAUUUUCCAUCACUGAUAUUCAACCAUAUCCUAUAAAGAUUACAUGGGAUGCUAGUGUCAAAGAAGAUGGAGAAAUGGAAGUGUUUCCAAAGUUUCACCAAGUUCCAUUCUCAAAGAUGCUUACAUUCUUUAGAACUGAUGUGUUUACACUUCAAGCUUUCUAUGUUGACAGUGCUAACAUUCCAUAUCCUGACUCACAUAUUGGUAAAUUUACAAUACAGAGGGUUACUUCCUCAAGUGAUGGUGAAAGUGCAAAGAUCAAAGUUAAAGUGAGGGUAAACAUCCAUGGCAUUUUCUCUGUAUGCUCUGCAAGUAUGUUAGAAAAGCAAACAAUGGAAGAAAAUGAACAGAAUGAGAUGGAAAAUAAAACUCAAGAUGAGCAGGUGAACUCUCCAAAAACUGAUAUGGAGAUGGAUGCUAGUAAGGGAAAACAUCAGCCAUCCUGUAAUGAUGCUGGGAAGGCUGAAGCUCACCAGAAUUGUGAAGAAAAUACAAUCCAGAACUCUGACUCUUCUCAGCAAGCUAGUGAAACAAUCAGAGAUUCUGAGAGGAAGGAACAGAAAAAGCAGAAGAAGAUAGUAAAGUCAGUAGAACUGCCUAUUGAAUCAGUAGUAUAUCAGCUUCCUCAGAAAGAACUUGAUGAUUUGAUUGAAACAGAGGCUAAAAUGAUCCAACAAGAUAAAAUGGAAAAAGAAAAAGUGGAUGCUAAGAAUGGUGUGGAAGAAUAUGUAUAUGAAAUGAGAGGACAGUUGUAUGAAAAACUGGAAAAGUUUGUUUCUGAACAGGAUAAAGGAACAAUAACAAGUAUGUUAGAAGAUACAGAAAAUUGGUUGUAUGAUGAAGGAGAAGAUCAACCUAAGAAAGUUUAUAUAGAGAAGCUAGCAGAAUUAAAGAAACUCUGCCAGCCACUUGUUAACCGGUAUCGUGAGUUUGAAGAACGUCCUGCAGCUAUUGAUCAGUUCUGUCGAACAAUGCAGUUAACAAGGAAGGCACUAGACCAGUAUGCAGUAAAUGAUGAGCAGUAUUCUCAUAUUGAGGCCCAGGAAAUGGAGAAAGUCAGGAAGGCUGUGGAGGAGAAACAGCAGUGGCUGGAUCGUCAGUUGGGUGCACUGUCCCAAACAGCACAACAUCAGAAUCCACCAGUUUUAGUAUCGCAGAUCUACCAGGAACUUCAGCUAUUUGAGAACGUUGUUAAACCCAUUCUCACCAAACCCAAACCAAAAGUGGAACCCCCACCAGAAGAGAAGAAUGGUAGUGGAGAAGGGCAAGAGCAGAAAGCUGAUGCUCAGCAACCUUCCAGUCAAGAAAAUAUGGAUACUAAUUAAAUAAAACUUAGAAAGAGCUUAUGUGAAUUACUGUACAUAUGUUCCAUUUCUGCUAUGCUUUUUCAUAACCUUUAGAAGCUGACUAGUAAUACUUUUUCAUGGUGCAAAUUUUUUUUUUCAUUACUAUUAUUAUACAUAAUUAAAUUAAGCUUGAAGAUAUCGAUGGUAUUUGUAGUAGAAGUAUUACCUAACCAUACCUGUGUUACUUAGUAGAUUGUGUUAAACAGGUUAAUUUAACUAUCAUACCAGUCUUAAAAUCUCAGGCUGAGUGUUGCCCAGUGGUUAGUGUUCUGGACUUUGGGCUCAUUAUUCAUGGUUUUUUCUCAAACAAAAAAUGUAAUAAAAUCACAUUGUUAUUUGGGGUUAUGGAUGUGUUUUUAGGGAGACAGUCAAAUCCUACUGUUUGGUCAGAUGAGACAAGAGUAGCCCAAGAGUUUGCAGUAGUGGUAUGACUAGCUGUCCUUCCUCUAGUCUUAUCUGCUGAAAAUUAGGGAUGGCUAGUGCAGAUAGUCCUUGAAUAGCUUUGUGCAAAUGUCCAAAAAAGCUAUCUUAAUUUAUGAAGGUAAGAAGAACAGUUUCUGUAUGACAAAUACUACAUUCAACAAUUCAAGUGAAACAGUUGAGAACAGGAUGGUAGAACUACUGGCUAAUCAUACCAAUUGUGACAUCUCAAACUCCCCUGGUAAGUCUGCAGGCUUAUGAUGCUGAAAAAGAGGUUUGAUACCCAUGGUGGGUGCAGCACAGAUAGCUCAUUGCAUAGCUUUGUGCUUUUCAACUAAAACAAACCAUGGAAUCCAGUUAAAGAGAUAAGAAUGGGUUAGUAGAACUACUUCCUAGCCAUACUAGUUUUAACAUCUGAAUUUGAUCUAAUGAGAAUAAGUACCCUACACAAGGCUUCCUGAUAAGUUAAUGUACAUCACUUAAUCAAAAGACAACAUUGGUAAGCCAGACCUAACAUGAAACUACUACAUACAUGUUCACUAUUGAGAAUUUAUCUGUCAGUUAGGAGAGAUUGGUGCAUGGCAUUGAGGAUCCCAAAUUUGAUUUUGAGUGGGUUGGCUAUCUGCUUUAGUUGUACGUUUAAACAAGUUUAGUUUAAUAACACCUUCAAAUCAUAGAUUAAUAGUAUCUGUAAUCCUGUUUGGUUAUAAGAAAGUAACAUUAACAUGAAUUAUCUUCCAACACAUAAUAUGGCAUGUUCACCUUGAAAAUUAAUACUGACUUACAAAAGAUAUUCAUAAGAAAUUAAAACAUAAAUUCACAUACAGGUAUGGAUUAUUGACAGAAUACCUGUUGUGGAAAAGUUUGUGUAAUGUAAAAGCACUGUGCGAGAGAAAUAUUGUUAUUGAAGUUUUGCCUGUUUCGUUUCAAAUAGCCUUAUGUUCUCAAAAAGUUGUAAACUUCCAAACUUGUGUUUUGGUAUGUAUUAUUAUUUCAAAAUUCUUAUAACAAAGCUUUUAUUUUUUAAACAUCUUCAAACUUUAGAUUAAGAAACUGUGAUGUAUUUUAUAUCCUUUUACUGUAAGAAACCAUGAUGUAUUUUUACAUCCUUUUGUUAUGUUCAGUAUCAUUAUCUCUAAGUAAUCUUGAAAAUAUUGGACAUUGAAAUAUAUAUAUAUGUCCCUGUAGUUCAAAGAAUAUUUAGCAUAAAAAGUGGUUGUUUAAGAAAAUGUAAGAAAGAUUAUAUGACGAAAUUCUGUACUUUCUUGGAGGUAACUACGCUGUGCUCACAAAAUUAAUUAGACAACAAAUUAUUUACUAAAUGUUUAAGAUUCCAACAGGUGAGUAGUGAAAUAAAACCUGUUUUUGUUGAUGAA